AUGGCAACAAUGGUCAGAGGCGCCAGGAUGCCUGCUGCUGCACGGUCGUCGGCGGUGGGGAGGAACAAGAAGCUCCGGAAGCCGUACACGAUCACGAGGCCGCGGGAGAGGUGGACCGACGAGGAGCACGAACGGUUCCUCCACGCGCUGCACAUAUUCGGCCGUGACUGGAAGAGCAUCGAGGCCUUGGUGGCGACCAAGACGAGCGUGCAGAUCCGCAGCCACGCGCAGAAGCACUUCCUCAAGGCCCAGAAGCUCGGCCUCGGGGCGUGCCUGCCGCCGCCGCUUCACCCUCGCCGGGCCGCGGCCCUCCGCCAGCAGCCGCCGGCCCACAGCCACCCCGACGCCGACAUGCUGGUGCCGAGCGUGGACUGGGCAUGCGCCCCGCCUGAAUCCCGCUGGCCGGACCUCGACGCGCCUGGCGCACGAGAGUGGCCGUCCGCCGGUGCCCUGCACCUGCAGGACGAAACCGUUGAGCUCCCACUGUCUCCCCACGACCUGCGCUUCGCUCUGGUCCACCGGUUCGUCGGCGACGUCUUCGCCUCCCACGCGGCUGUCCCGGUCGAUGCGCAACUCCAGAGGCUUCAGCUGCAGGGCGUCGACCCCGUCGUGGUGGACACGGUGAGCACUUCACAUGCACAUUGCCAUAGUCUAUCAUCACCUCGCUGGCCCAACGUGUCCCAUCUCCUCUAA